AUGCUUCGCCCGAUUCCAUCGGACAUUGCGCAUUCUCCAACUCACGCAAUAGUUGAUAGACGACGGCAGCCAACUCGAUUUUCGGUUGAUAGCUCUGAACAGGAGUUCUCGCCUCCAAGAGCCCAUGUUCCGCCACGAUUUCGAAACACUGUCGACAUCUCGGAUGGAAAGGAUUCGUCAGAGGAAACGAGACCGAAUUACGUAAUACAAAACCCAUCAAAUUUCGAAGGAUCUAUAGAUGAAGCUAAAAGAAGACGAAUCGAGGCGCGCUGGAAAAGACUUGGAAUCAACUUCAAGACUAUUACAUAUCCAUACCGACAGAAUAGCGAAUCCAAAGAAGAGGCGACGACAUCAUAUCCAAUCCGGCAGUUGAAUGUUCCUCGAGUUGAAAAUAAACCAAAAUUACCUCAUGUGACCGAGCCAAUUCUUCAUGUUGUCAAUCCGGUCGAUCAAGAAGAUGAGACGUUCCUCAAACGAGUCCCACAACCAAUUCCCGCCGACGUUCAGCCUUCGGGAGACUAUCACUCGAGAACUCGCCCAGUUCUUAAAGGCGUCAAAUUUACUCAGGAGACUUUGUCCGUUCGACCUCGGUUGAGAAUUCGUCGUCCUGGAGAAAAGGCGGAACUUCCAUUACCGGAAGAUCCCAAUCUAACGCCGUUCAUGAAUAAUGCGCGAGUCAAAUUUGGUUAUGGUGUUAGCUCAACUGUGGCCACACCGAUUCGUCUGAUCACUACCACUCCUUAUGUUCCACCGACGACUCCAUCGCGUCAUCCGACGACGACGACAACGACAACGGCGACGCCGGUCGAAGAAUUUGAUAGUGGCACCGGAUUCGAAUCCGGCGGCGAUUCGGGAUUAGACUCGGGAGCCGGAUUCGGAUUCGGACCAUCCGAAUUACCGCCAGAGUUCCAAAAUGUUGGAUUUGGUGUCGGCGGUGACACGUUCAAUUUCAACGUGCCAGCCGAUAAAAUGGAUACGAAGAAUGGGGAAAAAUCCACUACAACGCCAGCGACAACGACGACAUCAAAAACCACGACGACACCAAAACCGAAGAAAGUUGUUCAAAGAAAGCAGCCCAGCCCAGAUUUUGACAAAGACGUGCCAGCUGUGAUUCCUCAAAAUUCUGGACUUCGCGCCGUGCAACCACCCAAAGAAUUUGGAAACGGCGGAUUCGGAAGUGGAGGAGGCGGCGGAUUUGGUGGAGGUGGCGGUUCGUUUGGUGGAGGUGGUGGAGCAGUGCCGUCGUCAUUCGCAGCAAACAAGCCGCCAACACCCGAUCCGGAUUUUGGCGGAGAAGCUCCAAAGCCGUCGGAAGAGGAUUACUUCACAGGUGAAUCGGCGUUGACUCCAUCGAAAGGACCAACGGGAGACGGCUACGGACCGGCCGUGUUUCCUGGCGGCGCUGCACCACCGCCAGUGCCGGCUGUUGGAUUGGGUGGCGCUGCCGCCGGAAAAGCGCCGUAUAAUAGGAGGCCCGGAGAAGACGUGACGGAGAAUCCAGUGACGACGGUGAAACCCUCGGCACUUUUAAACGUACUGAACAAGGCUGACCUUGGAUUCAAUCAAGUAAUUGAGCAUUUCGAGCACGGAACACCUGUCGAAACCGCUGCUAUUGAUAUUCUUGAAGUGGCUCUUGGAUCCCAAAAAUUAGACUCGCAAGCAAAACUGCUGGGACAUGUCGAUCGGACGAUCGGUUUGGACAACUUGCAACGUCUACAGAGGUGGGCGAACACUGCUGGAGCAAUGGAUGUAUUUAAAGACCAGUUUUUGAAAUUCGCAAAGAAUUUCCAACCGGCUGCAGAUCUGCUGCCCACGGUGCCACCCCAACUUGAAUACCUUUUCAAAACUUCAGGAAAAUAA